CGCCGCGGCCGCGCUGGUGGUACGACCGUUCGCCGCUAGAGCGCUCUAUCUCGCUUUCUUUCUCGCGCGCGCGCAUGCGGCGUUGCCAGUUGUUGCGUUCGUCUCGCGCGCUUGAGGUGCAAGGUAUCGCCGCCGUAAACAAUACCCGCCAGGUGACCUUGAAGUUUUAACGUCGCGAGGUGAGUUAACAUUGUUCGAUCGCCUUUUUUCCUCACGUAGGACAAUUUUUUUUUUUUUUACCGCGUUGGCACGUGAGUCGAGUGGAUUAAAAAAAAAAAUGAACGAACAAAACGAACGCUACCUCUUUUUUACCAACUGAAACACCUGACGCACCGAGCGGCCUAGAAAGGACGUGUGGUGGGGAGGAUGAAAUAAAAACAAAUAAUCAAACAUAACCUCACAUGUGCCUAGUGCGGGAACGUUCUGGCGGCUGAAAAACAACGGGGGAAAAAAAAAAAAAGUAGAAUGGAAUUCGAAGUUCGUGUCAUGCGAGAAGGUAGCCAAAGUUGUCUUUCCCCUCUAUUCUAGAAGGUGAAUAAAUAACUUGGAAAAGGAAACUCGUUACCGAAGAGACGCCCCGUCGCUACGUUUUUUUUUUUUUUUCAAACGACGGAAUUUUUCGAACGUGCGCGCGACAAUGCUUCGUACGUACAAACAAGCCUGACUGAAGAUAAGAGAUAAGAAGAGUUACGUGUGUGUUUUUGCGUGUUUGUGUGUAGAGACUGUGAAGAAGGAGGAAAAAAAAAAAAAAAAAAACGAGUGUUGAAGUCCGUUGUGUUUUUCGUUCGUUUCGUAGAUAAAGAACUUGCCUUCGGUUGUCGUCGUCGUCGGAGGAUUGUUUUUCGACCGGCAGCUUUUUAGUUCUGUUCGUCGAAGGGGAGGGAGGGGGCGGUGGACGACAUAACUUUUUUUUUUUUUUCCGUCCAGGGACAAAUUGCGGUCGCCACUGCCCGGAUGGGCUUCGGCGACGGCUGCCGUCAAGACGAAGACGUCGACGUCAUCAUCGACGCCGGAGCGGAAGAAGACGAAGUUCUCCCCUCCUCCUCCUGCUCUUCCUCCCCCCCUAGCCAAGCCGUCGAAGGCGUCGGCGGUGACCCUGGGGCGAUGCCGCGUAGUCAGCGGCGCUCGGACCUCGGGGUUAUCCGCCGCUGACCGCAACCGUCGCGGCCUCGCGGCAGUAGCAGACCCGGGUGUCUCGCCGACGACGACGGCGGCGAUGAAGCUGAAGGAGCGCAUCUUCCUGGGGCUGUGCGCCUCGGCGGUGCUCUUCACCUUGUUCGUGGUCGUCGACCUGCAGCUGGACCUGGGUAUGUCGGGCCACCACCUGGUGCCGUCGCACGCGCGCGUCCGCAUCGGCGGCGGAGGACUCGUCGACGGCCCGGGAUCCGCGUACAACAGCUUCCGACGGAGGUUCCUGCAGCGCAGCCACAACGGGUCCAAGGAGGUGUCGGCCGCCGCCGCGGCGGGGAACUCCCAGCAAGGGGAGGUCAUCGCCGACGUGGGGCCACAAACACCCGGGGAGCAGACCGCGCAACAGAACAAGAACAAGAAGACGGCCGUCGUCGCCGACGUACCGGAGGAGCGCGACGACGACUUCGGCGACCUGGUGGACUACGCGAUCCAGAACGCCGACCACGAGGACGGAGUCCUGGCGAGGAUCGUGGUGCCCAGGUCCGCCCGCAGCAGCCGGAAGAAGAGCAACCCGUCCAUAGCGGAUCUGCUGCACCUGCGAGGCGGGCCCAACAUGACAAACCUGGAGAAGUUUCACUUCCGCAUCUCCAAGGACGAGCUGUACGCGGAGAAAGAUGGCGUCGUGGACCAGUUGCUGCACGAUAUGGCAACACUGCCCAUCACGCACAUCAGUCAAAAAGACGGAGGCACUCAGAUCAAGCUGAUCAUCGAGUAUUCAAACAACGAAGAGUCUCUCUUCAAGCCGAUGAGGUUCCCUAGGGAGCAACAAACGCUGCCUAAUCACUUCUACUUCACGGAUUUCGAGCGUCACAAUGCCGAGAUUGCGGCUUUUCACCUGGACAGGCUGCUGGGGUUCCGGCGGGCCAUGCCGGUGACGGGCCGCAUCCUCAACAUGACCACCGAGCUGUACGCUCUAGCCGAGGGCGACCUGCUCAAGACGUUCUUCGUGUCGCCGUCCAACAACCUGUGCUUCCACGGCAAGUGCUCGUACUACUGCGACACGGCGCACGCCAUCUGCGGCAACCCGGACACCCUGGAGGGCUCGUUCGCCGCCUUCCUGCCCGACAAGGAGAUGGCGCCGCGCAAGGUGUGGCGGCACCCCUGGCGCCGCUCCUACCACAAGCGCCGCAAGGCGCAGUGGGAACAAGACUCGGACUACUGCUCGCUGGUGAGGGACAUCCCGCCCUACGACAAGGGCCGCCGCCUGCUCGACAUCAUGGACAUGGCGGUGUUCGACUUCCUCACGGGCAACAUGGACCGCCACCACUACGAGACGUUCCGCGUGUUCGGCAACGACACCUUCCCGCUGCACCUGGACCACGGCCGGGGGUUCGGCCGUCCCUUCCACGACGAGCUGUCCAUCCUGGCGCCCGUGCUGCAGUGCUGCCUGCUGCGCCAGUCCACGCUCACCACGCUGCUCAGGUUCCACAACGGGCCGCGCCGGCUGAGCGCGCUGAUGCGCGAGAGCAUGGCCAGAGACCCCGUGAGCCCGGUGCUGUGGGAGCCGCACCUCGCCGCCUUGGACCGGCGCGUCAAGAUCAUCCUGCAGGGGGUGCGCGACUGCGUCGCCAAGGACGACGCCGUCGAGGCGGUGGUGCAGGACGACGUGGCCACGUAGCGGGAAGACACCCGCCGGCCCGCGCCAACCAGGACCUGACACACGACUACCUGCAACAGCUCAACCUAACCGAUGCGCGGGCCCCCGUUCUUCCCCCGUGAGAGAGUGUUACCCCCUGGCCGUCAAAGAGCUGGAGUGGCUCAGCUUGCGUUUCUGCGAACUCACCCCUUUCUCCCUCCUCUCAAACACACGCCUCCAGGACCUGACACCCGACUACCUGCAACGAUUCAACCUAACCCACGUGCGGGCCCCCGUUCUUCCCCCUGUGAGACAGUGUCUCUCCCUGGUCGUCAGACAGCUGAGGUGGAUCAGCUUGCAUUUCUGAGAACUCACCCCUUUCUCUCCCCCUCACACACGCCCCUCCAGGACCUCACAACCAACUACCUGCAACGGCUCAACCUAACCGACGCGCGAGCCCUGUUCUUCCCUCGUGAGAGAGAGUGUCUCUCCCCCUGGCCAUCAAAGAGCUGGAGUGGCUAGGCUUGCGUUUCUGAGAACUUACCCCUUUCUUUCCCCCACCCACACACUUGCACCCCGAGGAGCUCACAACCGACUACCUGCAAUGGCUAAACCUAACCGACGCGUGGUUUGUUCUUCCCCCGCGAGAGAGAGUGUCUCUCCCCCUGGCCAUCAAAGAGCUGGAGUGGCUCAGCUUGCGUUUCUGCGAACUCACCCCCUUUCUCCCCCCCCCCCCCUCACACACGCGCCUCCAGGACCUCACACCUGACCACCUGUAACGGCUCAACCUAACCGACGCGUGGGCCCCGUUCCCCCAGAGAGAGUACGUCCCCUUCUUGGCCGUCAAGAGCUGGGGUUGCACGUCGUGCUUUUCUGCGAACUCACCCCUUUCCCUCCUCCCUACAAGCAACCAGGGCCGGAUCUAUGCUGUCCCGGGACAAAUGUUUAGAAACCUCCCCCCAUCCCUCCUCCUAAUCCCCCUAUGUUGUUACCCAGGACUGGGCAAGAGCCGAUUUUAUUUUAAUGAUGUUACAUUGAUCCAUAUUUUUAUCAAUUUUAGUAGAUUUUAAUAUUUUUAAUUAAGUUAUAGGUAAUCCUCAUCGUCGAAUAUUCAUGUUCUUUGGCUGGUUUUUAAAAAUGUUAAUUAUAACGGGAUUUUUUAAUUUUAUUUCCGGAAAGACCUGUUUUGAUCUGGGGACUAUCCUUAGCCUCCCAAGAGUCCUCAAAAUUAUUAGGAUCUCUCCAAAGUAAAUGGCACUGUGCCCUGCAACAUCUUAACAUCGCCAAUCCCCACCCCCAGCCCUUUUUAGGAUUAUCGAAAAUAAUGAGUAAAAUGAAAAUAUUAUUAAAACAUUUUUUUUUCUAUUUACAUUUUUAUUUGACACUUCAAAAUCUGACGAACCAUAUUGGCGUUAAUGCACGUGACAACCAAGAACAAACGAUUGUUCAUCAAAUGUUUCUUGCUGUUAGGUUGGUACACACCGAAAAUAAGACAGCCAUCAAUGCUUGCAGGUUUUAAUUCUAAAUAUACACAUCUGUGGAUAGAAAUUUAUUUAAUUACUUUUCAUCGUUCAAUUCUAACAAUUACUAUGUAAACACAUUUCAGAGAUGUUAUGGAAAAAAAGUAAAAGAUGCAUUAAAAAAUAAUAGAAUUACCAAUGCACCAGUUCACCCAUCUUUCGAAAACAAAUUUAUGAAACCCAUUUGAGUAGCGCUGCGCCAGCGACGCGAAUGGAAAUUUAAAAUUUUUCUAAUCUGAAAAAAACUGUCGCGUCCGCCAUUUUUGUUUUUCUGACGUCAUGGAUGUGUACAAACGUGAUUGGUUAGAAAUUUCGUGACGGUGCCUUCGCGUUGUUUGGGAUUCCUGCAGCAUUUUUUUUUAUGUAGAGAUACACUUAAAAAGUAAGGAAUGGAGACGAAAAGACGCCAUCUUGGUUUCAGUAAUUUAUAGACCAUGAUAAUUCUCUGUCGUUUGAUUUUCAAACUUUUCCUUCUUCAAAGUUUAGAUUAUGAUGUUCUGGAAUGCCUGAAUUGAUUAGUGAAUGCCUGCUUCGUAACGUUAUCACUGCGAAGUCAUUUAAUUGGUGUUUGAGAAUGUUUACAAUAUAACUGUAAUAAUUCUGUUUAUGGACAUUUUUGGGUCUUUUUGAAACUCCUUUAAUGAGAUAUUUUAUGCCGUAACGAAUGCAAAUGUUUAGUACCUAUUAACUGAUAAAAUAUUAAGGCAGUAAGCACAACGAAUUAAAUUUUCUGAGACUGUAAUAAAUAAUAAUACAGUUAGAGACCCUGAUUAUGUUAAAGACUUUCUUAAAAAAAAUAAUUCCAACGGUACACCAACAAUUUUUCAGGUUAAAAAAAAUAUAUUUGUUACUACUGUUCACUAUUAGCUUCACACAACAAUAAAUAAUUGUCAUAUUCCUUCAACCAUGACAGGUUUUUUUUUGACGUAAAUUUAUUUCCACUUAAAAAACAAUCACUUCUUUAUUUUUUUGAUUAACAGGCUUUAAAAAUGCAAUUUGUAACAUUCUGAUGUCCAACCCAAAUUAAAACUAAUUGGAUUGCGGAUUUUAAAAUUUCAGGCGCCUAAUUUAAGACUACACUAUGAUACAUCAAAAUAAAAUUACAUAAAUGUAACUUUUUCAAAAUUGUAUUUAGCAUUAUGACUUUUAUAUACAAAGAUGCGUGAUUUUUCAAAGUUAAAUAACAUGCGCAGUUGUUCAUAAUUAGAAAUAAUAUGUUACAAAGUAUUUCCAAUUUUACAUCAAACCUGCGGGAGAAAAGAAAAACCUGUUUAGUGUUUAAAUGAGUCGCUAAAGUCAUUAAUGCCCUUCGUAAUUUUCGACCGACAAAAAUUAAAACUCAUUAAAUGUCAAAAAAGUUUGGUUUCAAGCAUGGAAGAUUUUUUUAAAUCGUGUUUGACUUUGCUCUCGCAACUUUUGUAGCCUACCGGGUCUAAUCUUCGGGAGUAACUCAAUCACACCAUUUUCAUUAAACUUAAAUAAAUUAUUUUCUAUAUUUCCUCACAACGUUUUAUAUACUAAAAAAAUUGUUUUUAGUUAAACAAAUAGUAUUCUCUGUGCACACUGAUGGAGUCUAAAGGUUUCUUGUGCAGUGUUGUGCCGAAAAUUAGGCAUUUCGCAUAUUAUUUUUUUAUUGUUAUUAUAAUUUUUAAUUUAUUUUUCGAAAUUUUAUUUUUCAAAUUGUAAUACCAAAUCAAAGAUAAAAAAUAUUUCAUUUACCAUUCUAAAUAAAACAGGGAACCUAUAGACCAAGCUACUUAUGUAGUGUUUAUUUAUUAUAUACCUUAUUCUCUUUAACGAUCCACUAGCUCCCAAGUUGCUUGUGUGCAGGGAGUCGAAAUUUGUCUUGUUCACCACCUCGUGCCCCCACUGGUAAAUAACUUUAUUCUUCUAAAUAUUUUGCCCAGCAGUUUCCAAGGGUUUUUUUUUUUUAAUUAAAUCAAAAUAAUUUAAUUUUGAGGCACGAGGGGCAUUUCAGUGUGUGUGUUCAGUGCUAAAGAAAUAGUAGGCUCGGAUCAAUUGCUUAGUGAAGCAACCCCGAGCAGCCAUUAGCUGACUGGCUGACAGGGAUAUCAUCACCGCCAGUAGCGGACCCCAUGGGGCAAAGCACCCGAACUUGGCAUCGAACCCAAAGGCCCGCGAGGAGUCCUAGGUCCGCUGAAUAUGCGACCCCCCUUAACCUCCUGUCUUGUGCCUAUGUUUUGACGGGGAUUGUGAAAAAUAAUACUGACGUUGCGAGGGAAGCCUUUUUUUCACAGACGAGAGAGCCAAACGCCCGAACGUGCAUCUUCGUUUUUAUUUUUGUUCAUUGUAACUCAUGAUAACUAAUGCUCAAUUAAGUUAGGUUAGCUACAUUAUAAAUACUUUAAAACAUUGUGGACGGUUGAUUUGGUAAGGAUAGCUACAUUAAAGAAUACUGUGAAAUCAUGUAAACUGUUUCCUAGCCCUGGAUAACUACAUAUUAAAAAGUUAUUUGCUAAGCAACCAUAAAAUGAAUUCACAGUAUUUUUUUAAUGUAGCUAUACUUACCUGAUAUAACCAACCAUCCACAAUGUUUUGAAGUAUUUAUAAUGUAGCUAACCUAUCCUAAUCGACCGCAAAAUUUAAUGGCACACCGGUUCAUACAAUGAGAUAGAACGGGGGAAAAAAAAGCGAGCAUGAACUUCGGGGAACUUCGGGGAACUUCGGGUGUGGCUCUCUCGUGCUUGGUGACUACAAAUGGCCUGAGUUUUAUUAAAUUUAAUUUCGAGGUAAAUGAAUUUUAUUUUUACGUUAAAACUCGUGUGUUGUCCAGCCCUCCUUGGUUUUGUGCCUGAUGGGUUGGCCGGGGGGGGGGGGGGGAAGGGUUAUUUAACAUUUAGCUGAGCAGCUGGGUUUUAACUGCUCAGGUUACCUUGUUGAUUUUUUUUUAUCAAGACUUAGUGUUGUGAUCCACUCCUUUGACAGUCCUGGCCCGGUAAAAUUUCCACCAAUCCCUGUGCUUUUACCUCGCGCAAGCGUAUCGCGCUUUUUUCAUUGGCUGCCGCCGCCUGCCAAUGAGGAUCGAGAAGACACCAGCUCCGCUAGACUCGACGGCAGGACAGCUCUUUCGCCCGAAAUUUCACACUUGUAUACACUGUUCCAAAUAAAUGUGUUACCAAAUAAACCUAGACAGUCUGCUCGAAAGGAAAAAAAAAUUAAAUUUCGAGUGUGUGCGGUUUCGAGUUGAUUGACGUACCUGGUGCUUUGUACGAGGAACAUUUUAUGGUACGUACUGAGUUAAAAAAAAAUCAUUUGUGCUUUUUGAAAUGGUUCUCUAUUAACUGAACUAUAUAUUCUACAAUGCUGUGUAUUUAUUCUAAGACUAAUUUAAGGAGAAAAAAAAUUUUGGACUGUAUAGUUGUCACUAUUUUUGUAGAAAGACUGUGUUAUGUUGAAGGCACAGUUUUUUUUUAAGAGUAGUGUAUUUUCGCAAUCUGCACACUGCUGUAGUUUACAUUGGUUAGACAGUUAAAAUUAUAAAAUAACAAAAAAUUUAAAAACAAAUAUUUUUUCAUAAUGUUUCGCAUAUAAUUUUCUCAAUCAUGUAAAAAAGUUAUGGUCACCUUGUGAUCAUAGGUGCCAUAUAAACCAAAGUUUUAAAAACUUAUUUAUUGAAAUAUGUAUUAUAUUAACCUCAUACCGAAAAUAACGCUGCUAUUUAAAAACGUAGCUUUACAGAUGACACUCUUUGUCAUUUGAAGCACAAUUUUGAAUGACGAUAACAUUUUUUUUUGUUAUUCUAAACGCCGCAAUCUUUAAAUAUUUACUAAUGAGUCUAGUAAAUUAUGAGCGUGCUAAUUAUCAAACCUUUGAAAAUUUAUGAUUACUUUUGAAGUAUAGUUUUGUGACUGAAAUUUGUCUGGUUGGGAAAAGAGUCAUACGCAAGCUCCUUUAUUGCAUAUUGUAGGUAUUCAUGUACUUCCAUUGUUUGCUAUUUAUCAUUGGCAAAAAGUUCGUUAAGCUCUCAUUAAAAAUUACUGAGGUUUAAUAAGAUUAGAUAAUUCUAUGGGAAAAAAGGGGUGGCUGAACUUGUUCGAAUCAAAGACAUUCGUGUAAUAAUUAAUUACUCACCUAAGGUUUCCAGUAAACUAAGAUGUUCUCUUUGCUUCCUCCGCAACUAUUUGCAGUUGUUUAAAACUAUCACCAAUAAUUUUCAUUGAACAUAUUUAUAAAAAUAUAAUCCGUAAAAAAAUUACUGCAAAUAAAAUUAGACGGUUGACGGGUUUCUUUGGAUUUGCCACCCAGACAGUCAUUACAAAUUCAACCGGCAGGAAAUAUCGGACAUUGCGAUAUUAUUCCAUGAUUUACAUCAAUAAAAUUUUAAGUGCUGUCUUUAUUUUACGAUUAAAAAAAAAGGUUCAGUAUAUUGUUACUUGUUAGAGAAGAUAGCAGACAUACGUUUAAUACACAUAGCUAUGCUUAGGUACCUUUCUAUAUUCAUUAAUUGGAAUGGAACUAGCCAAAGUACUUAAGUAUUCUUUGGUGCAAUUUGUAUGUAUAUAUAAAUAUUCAGGGUUGUUUUAUGUAGCAUUGCCUAAUUUUUAUUCGAGUUCAAUUUUUCAGAUUAAAUUUUAAAAAAAUAAUUGAUUCAGUUAUAUUACUAAAUGUGGAUCAUUUAAUUGGAGAAUUCUUCAAACGUAUGGUUUUUCGAUAUAUGUGACAGUAAUUUUAUGUCAUGCAAGUAAUGUGCUUGAACAGUGAUGAUUGUCAUUUUAAAUGAAGUAUUAAUAUUUUGAAGAAAAAAUAAAACUAUUUAAAUAAAUUUUGAGAUAUAAUGACACUGUAUUAAUAACUGUGUCAGCCACACUGUCCUAAAAAAACGCAUUUGUUUACUUAUAGGACAGCCAUACAUAAAAAAGAAAUUUUAGAGACAUUUUAUUUACAAUACCCGAACGCGUUUUCACAUUACUAUAAAAAAAAUAUAUGUUCCAAUCAGUUAAGUUUUAAUUAUUGUAAAUUUUAAGUUUAUCUUUAUUAAUACCAUGUAGGUGGUAUAUUAUCUGUACUGUUUUUCAUUUUGUAAUUUUAAGUUUAAAACUUAUGUGAUAAAAGAUAACGUGGGGUUGUUUUAAUUGUACUACCAUAAUAAUAAAUGUAAGCUCUUAAAUGUAAUCACUGUUUCUGAGUUAACAUUAUAGUUACCGUGGUUGUUGCUGAUUGCUUUAAGCUUUCUGGCUGUAGUAUAUAAUUAUAUUGAAUUAACAUAUAGUUUAUUAUGUUCAUUGCCCGUUGAUGUGUGGAUUAUUAUUUUUAGUUUUAAGACGUGGAUAUUUUAUUUGGUCGAUAACUACAGUGAUCGAGAAUAAAUGUACGCCAAUAAUUCCGUUUAUUUGUUUGCACUUUUAACGAAUUUAUGUAUGACAUCAGUGCUUAUUGUUUUACAUGUGGGGAAACCGAAAAUGCAAAGAUGGUAACGAACUAAUUAGCUUUGCUUUUCGCGUGAAACUUUUGGGGUUAGUUGGGUUGCAAAUGGGUUUUGGUGUUAAAAGCAAUAUGCUGCAAAGUUUUAGAGAAUCUUAAAGCCAGCUGGUGCUUAGGAAAUAGAAAGGGGUACGCAUAUAUAUAUUUUUUUUCAACAUAUGUUUGAACUGAUAUGUGGAGACCAAAUCAAAACUGGCGGUUAUCACUUACUUAGGCAAAGUGACGUUUUAAUUGUGUUUAUACCGAGCGUACACCAAAAUAACUUACUUCAUUACUUUUAGGAACAUAUGUUGUCGCAUCGGUUUUAAACGUUUUAAAUUUUGCUACCACCUGAAUAUGUAAAUGAAUAACUUUCUUGCAAUAAUUUAGAACUUAUUAGUAAUGAAGCCCAUGGAGAUUUUUCAGGAAUAUGGAGCACAUAUUAUUGGAUUAUGCCAAAUAUUUCUUAAACAAAAUAUUUAUUAUUUUCAAAUAUAUUUUUAGAAAAUUCCAGUUUUUUGGGGAGGGAAGUGAGGGUUUAACUUCAAACUUUAAAAGAAUGUAUUUUAAUAAAGAUCAUUUUGAACUUAAAUAUAUACUUAAGAUAAUAGUUCUGAGCUUUUCAAUUGAUAGAAUUACCAGUAUAACUUGUUUUGUUUCAAAAUUUAAGCUACAAAAUAUGUUAUUUCCAAAUUCCUCCAACAAAAUUAAAAAUAAACACCACAAAUAUAUCUGAUGCUACAAGCUUAUUUCCAAAGAUGGAUGUUUAAAAAGUUUGCGUUCUAUUUAAAUGAUGUCCUACCAACUAUUAUGCGUAUUUAUCUAGUCUUGUUUACUAACGAAUUUAAUGUUACCUACAUUCUUCGGAACACAAUUAUAAUGUAAGCAUAUGUCUAUUUAAAUUAUAUAUUGACCAUUUUUAAUUUGAAGUUUUCGUAAAAUAUUUUUGCCUAUAAUUUGAGUUAUGAGUUAGAAAAACUUAAGAAAAUGAUAAGAUAUUGGGCUGUAAGUUAUAACCGUCGAUAAAAUGUAAUGUUAUUUUUAAAUAGCGACCUUCAUUGGUUGAAAAACGCCGGUGAGAGAGUUUACUAAACAAUUUACAUGUUUACUAAUAUUGUAUAGUAUUUAUAUUAUAUUCACACGAUCUCAAAAGGUUUUCACUUAAAUUAUGUACUUUUCUAAAAUGACUGUUUGUCGUUAUUAGUUUUGAAAAAUAGUUAAAGAAAUAAAGUUUGUGGGUAAAGGUAUUUUGGUUGACGUUUCAAUGCAGUUAGGAAGACUUACAAGAAAUUUUACCAGUAUAAAACUUUUUUUAAGUUAUCAAUGUAUUUUAAAUAAAAUCACGUUGCAAGGAACGUUAUGUGCUGAAAUUUGUGAUGAAAAAAUUAUUUAUAUGUGCAUUUUAAAACUGUAUUACAAGAGGCAGAAUAAGUGGCCUGGUUAUUGGCUAAACCAAAAAAUUCCAGUUAAUGGUCAAUAGUUAAAGGGUAUACGAACCUUUAAGGUCUUUUAAAUAUAUUUUUUUUGAAGUUUUGAGUUGCUAGCUAUCACAAAAUUAUAUAUAUAUACAUAUAUAUAUAUAUAUAUAUAUAUAUAUAUAUAUAGAGCCAUAUGUCUUGCGUAACUGCCAAAGUAAAAUGUUUUAUGUGAUACGCAGUACCGAUAAAUAAAAUAAAUAUAUUGCAGAACUUAACACUUUUAAGGUUUGAAAGCAAUUCCAAUCGUUACAAGAUUUUUUUAAAUUAUGUUUGUAAAAGAAAGCGUGAUUUUAUUUUACGCAGACUUUGUGAACAUUUUGUAAAUAAAAAUCGAUAAAUUUUUAUGUCAAUUUAUGGGAUUGUGUUUUACGAAACUUGGUUUAUUUUCAUACGCAAAGACAAAAUUAUUGUCUUGCAGCUUUUAAAAUUGUAUGCCUUGGUAUCUACACGCAGCUACUGUUGCUAUGUUUUUUUUUAGUUCCUAAUGUGUACGAUGUAUGUGUGUGUGUGUGUUGAAGUUGUACAUUAUUUUUUUCAGGAUGUAUGUACUAGUCUCCAGUUACUGUUUAGAAACUGAGACAUUCAUGGAAUUCUCAUGCCUGGGAUCUGAUUUGAACUAUAGAUUAUCUAAUUAGAUGGCAUCACUUUAUGUGACAUUUGCGAGUUUCUGUUACGUGUAUAAGCAAAUUUUGCAAACUGUAAAUAAGUGUACAGUGUAUAAUGUUAAAAAAAAAAGAGUUAACGAGUGUUUUCUGUAUAAUCAGUUCUGAAAAAUUAAAUUCGGCAUGAUAUAAAA